AUGGCGGCCUUGUUUGUACUCUUUGCCGAAGAAAAUCGGCGAGCAUUGAGGCGGCAACGCAUUUUUCGCGAUCAGACUCAACCCCUGGACAUCUUCGACGAUGUAGAUUUGAUCGACAGGUACAGAAUGCCGAGGCACGUCCUGGUUGAAGUCAUUGACUUGAUCCGAGACCAAGUUGAGCACCCAACACGGCGGUCACAUGCAAUCCCUGCAACUGAGCAGAUCCUCGUAGCCCUGCGAUUCUUUGCAGCUGGUCAAUUCCAGUUGGCAACUGGCGAUGUGAGUGGGAUCAGCCAACCUUCUGUUUCCCGGAUUGUUACUCGAGUUGCCACGGCACUUCAAAGGAUUUCUCACCUAGUCAUUGCGUUUCCUCGGGACCGUGUGGCACAGAAUCGUAUCAAGGAAGUCUUCUAUGAUGAACGGCACAGAAUCCCAAACGUUUUAGGAUGUCUUGAUGGAUCACUCGUCGAAAUAAAAUGCCCCUCCGAAGAAGAAGCUGCCUACAUAUGCAGACAUCACUAUCACGCCAUCAACGUACAGGGGGUCUGCUCACAUGACAAAAGAUUCACUAACAUUGUAGUACAGUGGCCAGGCUCCACCCAUGAUGCAUUCAUUUGGAGCCACUCCAAUCUCAACCGACAAAUGGCCAAUGGUCUCGGAGAUGGUUAUCUUCUUGCGGACUCCGCAUACCCACUUCGACCCUGGGUUUUAACACCCGUGUGGAACCCUGAGGAUGAAGCUGAGCACAGGUACAACGUCCAUCACCGAAGGAUGCGUCAAAGGAUAGAGGGUGGUGUCCUCAAACUCCGCCCAGAGCGUUGUUGCAGAAUCAUUGUUGCCACUGCAGUGCUGCACAAUAUUUGUGAGGAACGUGGUGUGCCAGUUCCCCCCGGCGCAGGCCCCGUCAUUGGUGACAAUCCUGACCUUGAUGUGAACAACCCAGUCAUAGACGAUGAUGCUGAUGGCGCAGCUACAAGAGCAAGAGUGAUUAGGGAGAACUUUUGGAACUGA